AUGGCUGUGGCCCGUGUGUACAAUGUUAAUCUUCUGAAAUAUUUUCUGGACGGGAACUUGCUUCUUAGCGAAGAUCCUGGAAUGCUUUCAGUUCUGAAAAAAAUAGGCUGUUCUGAAUUGGGCCAUACGCAACUUUUUGAUGCCCAAGAUGGAAAGUCCAAUUUCAAGUGA